CACAUUUGGUAGAGGGCUGAAUCGGCAAAUAUGGUAGACUUCUUCAAGGAAACCCACUGGUCAAAGAAGAAAAAUAACUUUUUAACACCAGCCACCGAAGACAAAUAUAAGGACAUGGUUUCGAAGUUGGAUACUCUAGAACCAGAGCAACGAACUGACGAAAGGAUAGCGGGUGUCUUCAGAGAAGUACUUGGUCAUAGACCAGGCUAUGCAAGAGGAUUGGGAGAGAUGAUAAUCCCAGAGUCUACGAGACAACGCACAUUGGCACGAGAGAAAGAGUACCUAGAUUUGAUUGAGAAACAUAAGAAGGAGGCUGAAUCAUCCAAGAGUGAGAUGGAGGCAAUGAAGGCAAACAUGCAGCUUCUGUUGGAGAGACAAGCGGAAACUGGCCGCUUAUUGAGGGCUUUCUUUGCUGCUAACCCGACCCCGCUCAGUGAGUCUCAGCGAGAGACUCAAUGAGUGGGGACAUGUGAGAAGACAAGGGAAGGUUUUUUGUGGCUUUUUGGGUGCAUUUUUUGUUGUGCCGAUGGUGUUAUAUAUUGAUUGGAUAUAUAUAUCCAAUGGAAGGAUAUAAGUAUAUGUUUUGUGGGAGCAAGCUGGGUUGGGUAAAACUCAGUUUUGUGCCAUGUGAGAUAUCCUUAAAUUUUCAUAUGCUCAGUUUGGGCAACCA